UCUAAUUAAUUCAAUCUUGUUUCAGUCUUUGGGUUUUUUGUCAUUUGGAAAUGGCUGUUUCAGGGUUUGAAGGGUUUGAGAAACGCCUAGAGCUCCAUUUCUUUGGGGAUAUUGAUGAUGAUGAUGGGAACAACAUGUUGGGGCUUAGGCUGCUUGAUUUCGAAUCACUCGAGCAAGUCUUACUUGCUGUCCAAUGCACUGUUGUAGCAGCUGUUGGGAACCCUUUCUUUGAUGCUUACGUUUUGUCUGAAUCAAGCUUAUUUGUUUACCCUACAAAGAUCAUCAUCAAAACCUGUGGGACAACCCAACUUCUCAAAUCAAUCCCUCCAUUGAUCCACUUUGCCAACAAUCUUGGCCUCACUUUGCAAACAUGUAGUUACACCAGAGGUAACUUCAUCUUCCCCAAAUCCCAACCUUUCCCUCACACCAGCUUCCAAGAAGAAGUCAUUUACAUUGAACAUAAUAUCCCCGACAAUCUUUGUUAUCGAAAAGCCUUCGUUAUGCCUUCUAAGUUAACAGCUCAUUCAUGGCAUGUUUUCACCGCUACCCUUUUGCCUCCACUGAAAUAUCCCUCUCAUGCUACUUUCACCGUCGAAGUUUGCAUGACGGAACUCGACCGCCUCAUUGCACGUAAGUUCUUCUCCCGGGAUAGCAAAACAGGGGAUUUAGCCGGCAGAGACAUGACGGAGCUGACGGGGAUUGACACCAUUAACGCUGGAGCUUUCAUAUGUGACUUCGCGUUUGAUCCGUGUGGUUACUCCAUGAAUGGCAUUGAUGGUGAUCGUUACUCCACCAUCCAUGUUACCCCUGAAGAUGGGUUUAGUUACGCUAGCUUCGAGUGCGUUGGAUCGGUUUGCGAGGACCCGGAUGAUAUCGUUGAGACCUUAAAGAAAGCUGUUCGAGUUUUCAUGCCGGCGACGGUUUCAAUUUCGACGAGUAGAUGUAGCCGUGAGGUUUGGACGAAGGUGGCGCGUGCGUUGCAACCACUUGGACUCAAGUGCCAGAGUUUCGCAAUGGAUGAGUUCCCUGCCGCCGGUACCAUUUCCUACCAAACGUUCACGGCGGCUCGCCGGAAAUAAUGCCGGUAAAAGACGACAAGAAAAAAAAAAACCUUAGUUUUUCAUUGGAGGAAAAUCGGAGGGAUAAAACAUAUAAGGUAUGAUGUGGAGGAAUUUAAUUGGAUGAAAAAGGAUGAAAAAUGUGGGGUUGACUUAGGUAGAAAGAUGAAAGGAUUUUAGGAGCGAUAACGUGGCGAGAUCAGAGAGGUGGGGAGGAGGAUUUGUGUGAAAUUGGGAUGACCAUGAUAAUGCACCCCACUUGCAUGGUCACGCCUACAGAUUUUUUGAGGUUAAUUUUAGUGGGGGAUGAAAUAAAUAAAUAAAAAUGCUCAUGGUUUUUAUUUUUCUAA